AUGCCUUCGUUUAGAGAUAGAAGCUUACGAAGAGAUGAGGUGGAGAUGGUGAUGGAUAAUUUGGGAAUUUUCAAUCUAGGGGACAAAAUCCCAGAAAGAUUGAGUUCUAAUGAUGCUUUUAACAUUUUUGAAGAAGAAAAUCCAAAUUUGGAUGAUGUUAAGGGAGCUUUUGAUGUGUUUGAUGAAAAUAAAGAUGGAUUUAUUGAUGCAAGAGAGUUGCAAAGAGUUCUUUAUGCUAUGGGGUUGAAGGAUAGAGCACAAAUGGAUGAUUGCAAGAAGAUGAUCAGAGUUUUUGAUGUGAAUGAUGAUGGUAGAAUAGAUUUUGAUGAGUUUGUGAAGUUUAUGGAAGGAACAUUUUGUUAA